GCUAUACCUUUAUUUCAUACUCCCUCCCCUUUCUGAAAUCGAUUAUGGCGCUGCUGAAACAGUUGGAACACCUCAAAAUCUCAUUUGAUGUCAUAAAAUUGGCCACCAAUAACUUUGGACCUGAGAAUUUUAUCGGGGUGGGUGGAUUCGGCAAGGUCUACAAAGCAGAGAUAACUUCCACUGACGGGCUAACAAAAACCGUCGCAAUAAAGAGGUUAGACAGACGCCAUGGACAAGGUGAACAUGAGUUUCUGAUGGAGAUAAUGAUGCUUUCUCGUUAUCGACACAAAAACCUAGUCUCUCUCUUAGGUUUCUGUGACGAAGGGGAGGAAAAGAUUCUUGUUUAUGAGUAUGAGUUUAAUGGUAGCCUCGAAAAGUACCUUAGCAGCACCACUCUCACAUGGGCUCAACGCCUCAAGAUAUGCAUUGGGGCAGCUCGUGGACUGGAGUACCUUCACAACCCACUUGGAACACAGCAAAGAAUCUUGCAUCGAGAUGUGAAGAGCGCUAAUGUUCUUUUAGAUCAGUUUUGGGAAGCUAAAAUAGCAGACUUUGGGUUGUCCAAAAUGGGCCCUGCAAAUCAAGAGUACACCUUUCUUGUCUCCAAUGCAGUUGGGACAUUUGGGUAUUGUGAUCCGUUGUAUGCAGAGACAAAUAUUCUGACAAAGGAGUCGGAUGUGUACUCGUUUGGGGCAGUAUUGUUUGAAGUCCUUUGUGGGAGGUUGUGCAUUGGGAGACCCGAUGAUAAGCAUCGCUUAUUGACAAAACUCGCACAACAGAGCUAUGAACAAGGAACACUAGAAGAUAUUAUCUUCAAUGGUCUACGGGAACAAAUGGAACCAAAUUCUUUAAAAACCUUUUCUUCAAUUGCAUAUCGUUGUUUGAAAAGAGAGCGUGAAGAACGCCCGACCAUGGCUCAAGUGCUUGAAGAACUUGAGCUUGCACUUGAAUAUCAGGAAAGUUUUCAAAGUGGAAAACCCAUGGAGUAUGAAGAGAUAAUCGAGAUGGCUGAUAGAGAACAAUCCUUAGUCUACACAAAUAAAAGAGAACUCAAAUUGCUUCUAUCUUCAGGAGUUCGUGUUGAUUGGGGUAGAAGGUGGUUUUCCUUGAGCAAGAACGAACACAACUGUGAGAUGAUUUCUGCAUCAGAGUUCUCGUUCCAAGAUCCUGGAACUGUGGAGUGGAUUCCUUAUUCUACAUCGAGGUUUUCUGAGGUAGCUAAGAUUGAAGGAACACAUAAUUUGCAGAUAGAGUACAAAUUUAAAGACGCAUAUGAAUCAUCAUUCUCCCACUUUGCAGACUGGACCGAUAAUGGGUGGAUGAUGAUUGAACUGUGCCAGUUUGUUAGUUACAGAAAAGUCGCAAAGCUUGAGCUUUUGCUCGAAGGAAUUCCUAGUUAUAAUAUCAUGUUACUAGAAGGCAUCCAGUUCUUGCCUGUCGAGAUGCAGGCUGUAGAAGAAGAACCAGUAGUAGUAGUAGCAGACAAUUCAAAUACAAACUGGGAACAAAAACUACCAACCGACUAUCAAUACAUAAUCAAAUCAGCAAAGGAUCGUGUCCCAUACAACAUUACUAACAAGGAAAUCUACAUGCUUCUUUCAAACGGGAUUCUUAUCAACAGAGGCCAAAUGUUGUUUUCUCUUGAUAAAGAUGGAAUCAAAUGCUGUAUGGCAUCAGCAAGAGCAGUUUUAGAAGAGUGCGAUGAGGAAUCCAGAAGGUUCUCACAGCUUGCGUGUCUUCGUUGGAUAUCUCUACAUGAAUCAAGAUUCGAGAAGGUGGCUGAAUGUGAAUUAGGCAGGGUUUUACGUAUAAACUGCCAUAUCAACUUCCAUAUGGUAUCAUUAAACACACCCUAUGCAACUUACCUUGUGUACAAAUUGCCAGACGUUAGCCAGGGGACACUUGAGUGUCCUGUAGAUGUAAGGGAUAUCAACAGAGACUCUCCGAAUUUCAGUGAAGUUGGUGUGAUCUAUUUAACCAGCCCAACAAUCCCGUUCAUCAUGCUGACAGAUGGUGAUCAAGAUAGUAAUCAAAGACAAAACAAGAACCCAUUGUAUAGACCCAAAAUAGACAGCCUCCCGAGACUAAGGAAAGAUGGGUGGAUGGAAGUUGAGAUAUCUCAAUUUAAAGCAGAUACUCCUACUUCUCUCAACUUAGCAUUUGAAUUUACCUUUAACGAACGGGAGCAACUUACAGGGCUUAUCAUUCAAGGAUUUGAGAUCAGACCAAAAUAAAUUCUACACUCGGAUAGCUAUUCCUACACAAUUUCCUAUCUAUUACGUGAUCACUUCUUAGAUGUUGAGAGGGUGUUUGUGUUAAUCAAAUUUAAUUUGUAAAAAUAAUUAAUUACGAUUCCAGUUUGAUGGUGAAGCCAUUACCCUAAGAAUGAGCUCAAAUUCCGAUGAUGAUGCCAAUAAUGUAAUGGAGGGACUUCAAUAAUUACUCUCUAG